AUGGCAGGGGAUCAGCCUGUAUAUCCUCCUCAGCUCGUCCUGCUGGGCUGGGGAGCAGUGCUACUGUCUCACUGCUUGUCCUCUGUGUUCACCCAGGUCCCGGAUCCUGAGCUUUUACCCACAGAUCCACCGAAGAAGCCAGACCCUGUCAACUCAGAGACAGUUGUUUUCUGGGGACUGCGACUAUGGCAGGUCAUUGGCAUCUUUUCGAUGUUUGCUUUAGCUGUUGUUAUCACACUAUGCUGUAUUUUCAAAUGCCGAAUCCCGAGAACCAGAAAGGAAAUUGAGGCACGGAAUUUGCAAAGACAGGCCGCCAAGACGUAUGCUGACACAUUAGAGAACGUGCCUCCCCUCCACGAGCUGACUGAGAUACCAGGAUCUGCAAAACCAGAGGAAAAAGAAGAAGUGACAACAGUCUCUGGGAAAGUGGAUGGUGAAAAAGAAAAAGGGAAGAAGUCCAAGGAAGGCAAGAAAGAGGGCAAGGAGGCCAAAGAAGGAAAAGGAGAUGAAAAGGAAGCCUCAACAAAGAAAAAGGGCGAGAAGGGGGCAUCCAAGCAAGAGGACGGUGAAGGAAAAGGGAAGAAAGCUGAAGGGAAAGGAGAAAAAGGGGACAAAGGAGACAAAGGAGAAAAAGGAGGCGGGAAAGGAGGAGCAAAAGGUGGAGGCAAGAAAAAGUGA